CUCACAUCCACAAUCCAACCCACCACACCCCAAACGUAUCCCUACCAACCCCCCAAGUGCAUCUGCGUCUGCAUCUGCAUCUUCGUACACGCAGCUUCAUUGCCAAUUGGCUUCAUUUCUUUUUUUCCUUCUUGGAACGCACACUCGUUUGGCUCUUUCCUUCUUACGCGUUACGUUCUUGGUGUCUUUUUUCUUCAAGGGUUCUCUCCUCUUCACUGGCUACUCUAUCACGAAAUUCAACCCUUUGGACGCGUGCAGUAAAGAGUUGACACACCAAUUUACCUUCAAUUCUUCCAGCAUCCAUCAAUUUUCUUGGACAUGAUUUCCUAAGAAGUCCGCCAUCAACAAUCAUCAUGAGCUCGCAGCUUCCUUCCCGGCCGCCAUCGCGUCGCCCACCAUUAGGUGAAGCAACACGACGAGUAAAUAAUGCACAGCAAGCCGAUCCAACUUCCAGCCCAAUGCCGCACCAUGAGAGUCUCAAACCUGAUGGGUUACUCCAAGUUCGCAACCCUCUUUCACAGGGAGAGUGUUAUCCUUCAAACUCCCAACAUGCUGCAUCGCCAGGCUCCAAUGUCGCGAAUCCACGAUUGUCUGCAAUCUCCAAAGAAACUCCGACCGAAUCGGCCUCUAAUCGCAAUUCGCAGAUAUCAACAGUCUCUACCAAUGCUUCAGAUGGAAAGCGACUCAAGCAAACAAUCGGACCUUGGAAGCUUGGGAAGACUUUGGGAAAGGGAGCUACUGCCAGGGUCAGAUUAGCACGACAUGCCCACACAGGACAAGAGGCUGCAAUCAAGAUCGUACAAAAGAAGAACGCGCAGAUGUCACAAGCUGGAAGUCUGGCUGCGCUUGAUAGAGCUGAAGCUGGUCUGCCUGAUUGUGAGGAUGGGUUACGACGGAUGCCAGUAGGGCUUGAAAGAGAGGUUGCUAUCAUGAAGCUCAUUCAACAUCCAAAUAUCAUAAAGCUCUAUGAUAUUUGGGAAAAUCGUACAGAGAUGUGAGUGCAUAUUGCCAGAUCAUCUUUUUCAACUUGACUUACUUUAUUAGAUACCUUGUCCUCGAGUUCGUCGAUAACGGCGAAUUGUUCGAGCACAUUGUUGCAAAAGGAAGGCUGAGUGAGGAAGAAGCCAUGAAGUACUUCCGGCGGAUUUUGAGCGCUGUUGGUUAUUGUCACUCUUUCAAUAUAUGUCACCGAGAUCUGAAGCCGGAAAACAUUCUUCUGACACGCGACGGCAACAUCAAGAUUGCAGAUUUUGGAAUGGCUGCUCUGCAUCAACACCCGGACCACAAACUCAAGACAUCUUGUGGAAGCCCCCAUUACGCCGCUCCCGAACUGAUUAGGGGUGCUAAUUACAAGGGUGAUAAGGUUGACAUUUGGAGUAUGGGUGUCAUUCUGUAUGCCAGUCUCGCUGGUCGGCUUCCGUUUGAUGUAGAGGGGUCAGGCAGAGAUUGGCUUGGGCCUCUCCUCUCCAAGAUUAGGAAAGGAAACUACGAGAUGGCUCCAGAAUUCAGCGACGAUGCAGUCAGCCUCAUCUAUAGAAUCUUACAGGUCGACCCAAGAACCCGGAUCAGUCUAAAUCAGAUCUGGAGGCACCCUCUCGUCAGAAAAUACGAUUAUUUGGAUAACCUAGCAAGAGGCAACAAUUCGCAAUCUCCGAGUGCAAAAGACUGUGGUCGACCUGUCAUGCGUCGAAGCGAUAUCAAUAAGGAGCUGCUUCGCCAUAUGAGAUCACUCUGGCAUCGCUUCACAGAAGCCCAGCUCGUUGAGGCGCUUUUGAGUGAGGAGUAAGUCUCAACCCAGUCUACUUGGAGAUAUCUAUGAUCGAGACGAAUGUCGAGCAAAAUCUAAUUGUGUUUAGAUCAAAUGACCAGAAACUAUUUUACACCCUUCUUUUAAAGUAUCGCGAAAGACAAUUGGAGAACUAUACCCCGGACCUUGGAUAUUCAACCAGCGACUAUCAUCACAUUAGACCACCUACCAUGAGCAAGUCAUACUCCACGUUGAACUUCUCACAACCUAAGUUGAAAGGUCAUGGUCGACAAGUUUCUUCAUUCACAGUCAUUAGCAACGCCGCUGAAACGGAACGCAGCUAUGAUCCCUUCAAAGCUUCGCGACCUCAACAUCUAGAUUCAAACCGUCGUACAGAACGUGCCAGAAUCACUAUUCAUCGUGAUCCUGAUGUUGUAGAGGACAAAGCUUUGCAAAAACCACGAGUGACAUCGCGAGUAUCCAUUAACAGCUCAGCCCUCCGAAGCAGACAAGGAUUGGCGCCUCCCAAAGUUUGCGUAUCAAGAAGCUCAUUGGCGAGUUCUAGUAGAAGCCGUGGAAGUGCCCCGUAUGUUCGAGCAACUGUGGGAAGAAGACGUGGCGUCAGCUUUACACACAAUCGAAAACCAUCUGGUGAUAGCCAUAGCCAACUGAACACUACCCCAGGCACCAAAAAGACUCGGAAUCUUGAAAAUCACGACAUUGAUGUUGAAGCUACAGAAGACUCCGGCGAUUCUGCUCGACCAAUUGCUACAGGAUCCUCAGCACGCUAUAUUCGAUCUAGAAAGGGGAACGUUGCAAUCUCGCAGCAGUCAAUCCCAGCACUCAAAAAUGGCCGUACGAACCCAUUGUGGACAGAUGAUGUACGCCAGCUAAGUAGCAGUCUGGCCAAAGAUUGCGAUGAGGCUUUCAAUAGAACCAAUGUUGGUGCCACCUCCAAACCAAGCGCAAAAGAUUUAAGACCUUCUUCUCUGGAAAGCCGACCAUUGCCCGCACCACCUUCUCGAUCCGAGUCAGUCAAGAUUGAACUUUUGGAGUAUCGCAAGCAAGCAGAACUUAGAAAAUCAUCUGGAGAUGACUCGCCAAGCCAUCUUGAUCGCAUGGUAUCACAUAUUGACCGUCUUAUAGGACCGGAUCUGGAAGCCUAUUCCCAACGCCGUACCAGCUCUGCUCCAGUAGAGGGCAAAAACCGGCCACCAAGUCGUCCACUCCCAUCCAUACAUGAAGCCCGGGGCGAGGAUGGUAACUCUCCCCGAAGAGCAUCCGAUUCUAAGACAAUCAGAGAACGCGCUCGUCUACCAGAACAGAAGAAUGGCCGCAUUGCUUCUGCUCCAGAGCCAAGAACGUCAAAUAAAAACCACACGGAUGACAGAUUUUUGAAACCGGGCUCUCAAGUUAGAGACACCAUUCAUGUUGUGCAACCAUCGUCUCCAAGAAGUCCAGUAAAAGCACUAGGACCGCUAACCAUACGCAAAAAGAGCUCUAGAGGAGGUGCCGUUCCAAUGAUGAGUGGUGGUUUAAAUUCCGAACAUGACUCCAAGACAAAUAGAUAUCGUGCUUCUGCGUUUGAACUUCGACAACAAUAUAAUGCUGAUGUUGAUGCAAAGACGACUAGAUAUCGGGCAUCUGGGGUGGAACUCCGACAACAAUACCAUCUCGGAGCUCGAGCUGAUAUAACACCAGAACUUGAGCUUAUUGAAGAAGAUCGCGACCAUGAUUAUGAAGACCACCUUGGCCAUGAAAGUAGCACUGGUACUGUCAUUAGGAAGAAGUCUAGUUGGUUCAAGCGCAACUCAAGAAGUGGGGAUAUGGAGGCGAAGAGCAAUUCUACAUCUGAUCUUAUGCCGUCUCAAAGCUCGCACAAUGAGAUGGCCGAGGAUCAUCGCGAUGCUCUACCUCCCAUGCCGACGAAGAGUAAGGGUUUCAGUCUCCGUCGGCUUUUCAAGAAGCGCUCUAAGCCGGAUAUGACUGUUGCCCGUAAGUUGAAGAGGCGAAGUAUGUUUUAAUUGUAUAUAAUACUUACUAAUCUUUCUCAGCGUAUGACAUUUACGACGACAACGCAUGUAUGCAAGAUUCAAUCGUAGAGGCACAACGACAGUCCCAUGCCGGACGAUCUGCCAAUCAUGACGACCCACGAGCUCGACAGAUUGAACCACAACAAAACUGGCUCGCCAAGCUAUUUCAUGUCAAACCACAAUCGAAAUUUAUCUGCUUUUCAGUUAGCAAACGCCGAGCUCGACAGGAGAUCACCACUGUUCUCAAGGAAUGGCGACGAUACGGUAUUCGGGAUAUUCAAGUUGACAAGGAGAGAAAUAUUGUGUUUGGAAAAGUUGGAGCGAGGAACUGUAUGUGCUCAUUUAUUCUCUGGUCGAGAUGGAUGUGACUAACCUGGCAUAGUUCUCGAUAUGAAAGAAGUGGCGUUCGCUGGAGAAGUUAUGACUGUCAUUGAAUACGGAAAGAGAUCCCAUCUCAGCAUCGUUCGUUUCACUCAAGAGAGAGGUGCUGCUAGCAGUUUUCAGAAGGUUGUUGAGACUUUGGAAAGUGUUUUAAAAUGCCGUGGCAUGCUUCUUGGGGAUGAGCGCAAGAAGAGAAUGAUGAUUAAAACCCUGAAUGCUCUCUAAGUGUCAAGUUUAACAGAGGGAUGAAUACCAUUUGGUCAGGGGGAGCAUGAUCCGUUGCAUAUGUUUUCAAAAAGUUUUCAUGGAAGAAUGCUCCAGUUUGUUGGAGUAGAUUUCAAUUGUUUUCACAAAAGUGGUUUGCAUAGGGAGGUUGAGUCUGCAUUUGGGUUUUUUGCUGACGGGAUUAAGACACAAAUUGUCAUAAUAAUAAUGGGAAGAGACCUUGUAGAAUAGGAUACAACGAGUGCCGUUAGGAAGCGUUUUCUUUCGGGGCAGUAGCAGGCGGGAGUUUAAGGGCAAAGCAAAGCAGAAAAAAAACAGAGAGGAAGACGAGCGCAGAUUUCGGUUGUGCAGGCGAAAGGGGAUUUUCGGUUCUUCUGUACUAAUACUAAACCUAUAAUGAGUUCGAAUUGAAAUGGGG